AGCAAUCUUGUUCUAUGGAAUAAGUAUUACCUGACAUAACCAAAAUGGGUUGUCAAUUGUCUAAGGAAAUCACCCACACGACACAAUACACACGACCGUUAUUCCUGUUACGUUAUUUCCUUUCAAGAAGCGUGAUUAUUUAAUUCUUUUACCCCAUUCUCACCCUAAAUUUUCCUAAAUUGUUAGCCUCAUAACAGGAGGAAAAGAAAACUCAGAAAACUAAUAGGGUUCUUCAUUUAUUCUCAGGAACGUUCAAUUCAAUCAUCUGAAGUUGUCAAUUUAGAUUCGUAUUUGAUUCAAUUUCAAGAAAAAUCAGUAAAUAGGUAUAGAGGAUAUAUAGAGGAAGGUACAAUGGAUUGGAAGGGAAAAGAAAAGAUUCAAGAAAAGGGUUUACCGAAAUAUGGAGACGGGGUUGCAUGGUUUAGGGGUGCAAUGAUUGGAAAAGGGGGUUUUGGGCGGGUUUAUUUGGCUACUUCGAAGAAUCCCAGAUCAAAAUACAGUUGUUUGCCUUCUGUGAUGGCUGUAAAAUCUGCCGAGGUUUCAGUUUCUGGUUCAAUUCAGAAGGAGAGGGAGGUUUACAGCAAUGUCAAAGGUUGCCCUAACAUAAUUAGGUGUUUUGGCGAAGAGACAACAACGGGGGAGAAUGGUUUGAUGGUGUUUAAUCUGCUUUUGGAGUAUGGUUCUGGUGGAACAUUAGCGGAUAGGAUCAAGAAAUUGGGUGGCAAUGGAAUGUCUGAAUCUGAAGUUAGGGUAUAUGCAAGUUCUAUACUUCAAGGAUUGAAUCAUAUUCAUGGCAUUGGUUACGUUCAUUGUGAUUUAAAACCGGAUAAUGUUUUACUUGUUCAUAGUUGCCGAAGAACUGGGGAUUUUGAGUUUAGGGCAAAAAUUGGCGAUUUUGGGUUGGCAAAGAGGGUGCCGGGGAAUAAAAAGAGGAAAUUGGAGCCUUAUUGGAGGGGCACUCCAAGGUAUUUGGCUCCCGAGGCUGUGGUGGAAAAUGUGCAGGAGUUUCCAUCUGAUAUUUGGGCAUUCGGGUGUAUUGUUCUUGAGAUGUUAACUGGGAAACCUCCUUGGGAUGGGGAAAACGAAUCAGAUGCAGAAGAUAUUCUUCGUAAGAUUAAAGAAGGUUUGCCAAAAAUUCCGAAUGAUAUAUCAAAGGAGGCAAGGAAUUUCCUUAAGAGUUGUUUUGUGAAGAAACCGAUGUUUAGAUUGACAGCAGAAAUGUUAUUGAAUCAUCCAUUUUUAGAAGGUGUGGAUGUCGUUGAGGAUGGGGAUGAAGAAUUCGAGGAGGUUGAAGAUUUGAAUGAGAUUGAAUCAUUUUUGUUAGUAUAUGAAAGUGAUGAUGAAUUAAGUAGUAGCUCAUUUCAUGAUUAUUGUAGCAUUGAUUCGGGGGAGGAUUUCUUCAAUUAUCUGUCUGAAGAAGAUGUGGAUGAUGAAUUUGUAUCAUCCCAUUUUGACGAAGGAAAAUCGAAGGAAGCAGAAACUAAGGGUAUCACUAGCUCCAUUGAUGAUUCUGGUUUUGAUCAAUCAAUCAAAGCAUCGAUAUCAUCAAGAAAUGGACGACAAUAUCCAAUUUCUCAUACUAUUCCUGCAGGUGUCUAGCGAGAUAUUCUGUGAGAAAUCCAUAUUCAAAUUUGCUUUGUUGCGUGUUCAGUAGAUUAUUUACAGGUUAUACUACUUUACCUAGAUAACAUACUAGGAAUUGAUUUAUAGAUUUAUUCUAGUUUCUGCUAACUUGUAGCUGCAUUUCUUCAAUCAUGGAUUCACGAUAUUGUUCUGGUUUC